UUGUAUUGGAAAAGUGCACAUUUUUUUUUUUAUUUCACGCCUUUCAGAAUAAAAAGCCCAAACAAACUCGAAGUAAAAGCAGAACGAAAAACACUACUGGAUUCAUGGCGAUUUUAUGACCCAAAAGGCCCGAUACCUGGCGAUCGCUCGAUUCCAGGCAUUGGAAUGCCCGGUUCUGGGUCGGAUUUUCAGCGUUUUAUCACAUAUUUGGGUAUCCCGGUGAUUGAUAUGAAACUGGAAAGUGCCCCUAUCUACACCUAUAUGCUCUAUCACACAAUGUAUGAAAUUCCGUGGUUCCUGGACAAUUUUGUUGAUGAAAAUUACGAUGCGCUGUCCGCUGUUGGCCAACUCUGGCUUGAAAUCGGUCGGGAUUUAGCGGACAGUCUGAUAAUUCCAUUCAAUUUACACGACUAUGGCCUGGCACUGGCUGACUUUAUCAGCAAAAUGGAUCAGCAACUGGAGCACAUUGGGAUACCGAAUGCAAUCGGAUUCAGAGCGUAUCGUCUUGUUUUGAGUAAUUUACGAGGAGCUUUGAAACGCUUUCAAGUUGUUGCAGAUGUUGUACAGGAAAUUAUUCAGCAUGUUGAGCAAGCAUUUAUUGCGGAGCAAGGAAUUUACGACGAACGACCGGAAUACCGCCAUCUGAUAUUCAGCAGUAGUAGUUAUAACGAAUACGGGAAUUUUCCAUUUGCUGGUAUCCUGGAUCCAGCACUGAAUUGGCGCAAUGCCUUUGUUGCUGGCGAUUCGCAAAAAGCGGAUUACUGGCUGAAGAUCGUCAGAAUUGGAUUUUCUAAGCUCCAUUAUGCUAUCGAAUCAGCAACACUGACCAUAACUAUGGACGGUUUUUAUGACUGA